GGACCCGGCCCCGUCCUUGUCAACCGCCCCUUCAUCACCAUCUGGAACAUCCCCACCGAGCGCUGUGCAGAGAAGUACAACGUCACCCUCAACCUGGAGAUCUUCGAUGUGUUGGCCAACGACCAGCAGUCCUUCAUCGGGCAGGACAUCACCCUCUUCUACAGCAAGGAGCUGGGGCUCCUCCCCUACUACACAUCUGAGGGGGUGCCAGUGAACGGGGGGCUCCCCCAAAAUGCCAGCCUGCAGGCCCACCUCCACAACGCCACCCAGGACAUCGAGGACAUCAUGCCCAACCCUGCCUAUGACGGGCUGGCUGUCAUUGACUGGGAGAAGUGGCGCCCGUUGUGGAUCCGCAACUGGGACUCCAUGGACAUAUCCCAGCAGAAGUCGGAGGAGCUGGUGCGGCAGCAGCACCCGCAGUGGCCCCCUAAUAAGUCCCGGCAGCUGGUGAACACCCUCCGUUCCAACGGCUACUGGUGUUUCUAUGGCUUCCCUGACUGCUACAACAAUGAUUUCAAGAGCCUGCCCUACACUGGGGCAUGCCCAGUGGUGGAGCAGCAGAGGAACAGGGAGCUCUACUGGCUCUGGGAGAGCAGCCGGGCACUCUACCCCAGCAUCUACCUGCCCCCCUGCUUCAACGGCACCAACAAGGCGCUCGCCUAUGUCCGGCACCGCGUGGCCGAGGCUUUUGCCGUCCAGCAUGGCAUCCUCAACGAUGGCAUCCCUGUCCUGCCCUACUCCCAGAUCGCCUUUGACCGCACCAUCGACUUCCUCUCCCAGGAGGACCUGAUGAACACCAUCGGGGAGAGUGCUGCUCAGGGUGCCGCCGGCAUCAUCCUCUGGGGCAGCCUCAACUACAGCACCUCCAAGGAGAUGUGCCUCAGGCUGAAGGACUACGUGGAGGGGCCCCUGGGCCACUACAUAGUCAACGUGACAGCCAGCGCUGAUCUGUGCAGUCAGAGCCUGUGCUCCGGCCAGGGCCGCUGCGUGCGCCAGGAGAACAAGCAGGGCUUCCUCCACCUCGACCCCUUCCUCUUCACCAUCGACCUGCAAGCUGGCAAGCCCUGGCUGGUGGCCCAGAGCCUGGAUUCUAGUGAUGACAUCUCCCAGCUGGCUGAGGAGUUCAUCUGCCAGUGCUACGGCAAGUGGCAGGGACCCCGCUGUGACACCCAGGGCUUCACCAAGUGA